AUGGCUAGUCCACGUGAAAUUAUCAUUAUCAGCAGUGACGACGAGGACAGUUUAAUCGUUGAACGCAUUUGUGCUUCACCUGAUGUUAUGAUGAUCGGUGCUAGUGAUGAGAACUGCAUUUCUGUGCCUAUUGUCGACGAAUAUGUUGAGAUUUCAUCUUCAGAUGACGGAACAGAGUUGCCGUCGGCCGAGGAUUGCAUCAGAUACGUUCCAACUGUUAUUAAAAUGGAAACAGGUGGAUCGAUUGUGACACCCCCAGACACGCCUCCCUGUCAACAAACAUCAACACCGCGGAUGCAGCGUUUAGAGUCUCCACUGGAGAAAGAUACGAACACUUGUGAUCGGUACAAUCAGUCCAUUCGUACCAACUUUAUAUCAAUGAAGAAAUUUAGUCUAAACAUUCCUUCACUUCGGAAGAAAAAGUUGGAGAAUUCGAUUGAGACGCCGUUGAGUCGAGAAGAACUAUUGCAAAUAACCCCACCUACAUGCCACCAUGUUGCUCCACGUGUAGACCAUCAUGAGACUGUGUGUUCAUUCAGUGGAUCUGUUGUUGAUUACAUUGAAUCUGUGAGCGACGUUGAGCAGUGUUCAGAACGCUUUAUUUCUCCCUCCUCUGUACUACCGACUGAUUUAGUGAUGAAGUUGGUGACAGUUGUGAGAGACAGCACAGACACAGACACAGCAUUGGCUGCAUACAACAUUGUAAGACAUUCAAUGGUGUUGUCAACACCACAGCUUCAUCUAGAAGACAUAUGGAACUGUAUAGACCCUGUCGUUCAUGACAUUAAAAAGCCUGGAUUCAUGCAUGCUAUGAACUUGAUAGUAUUGAUCAUAGAACGGCUACAGAAGUCUAAGCUUGGGAGGCCAUUUAAUCAACCAGACAGAUGGAAGAGUGCAUUACAUGCAUGGAAGAGUCCACUCUGUGAGUGGUUAUCAACAUCUAUGACAUCUCAAGUGAUGCUACAGGCCUGGCCUUCUCUUCCAACGGUACAUCAUCUACUGCGAUUGGUUACUCUGUAUUGCACUGACUGCCAAGAUCAAUCAAUAAGAGACGGACUGGCAUCGUCAUGGGUUAUCAUCUACAACAACGUGACUUCACGUAGCAAACGGAAAGAUCUUUUACAAAACAUAGGAAAUCAUGAAAUGAGAGGAUCACUUCUUGACAAACUGCUUUCCUCUCGAUUUCAUCAAACAUCCGAUAUCCUAAACACACCAGAUCGACUCAUUUGGUCCAGCCAGUCUCCCUCGCUCUCUAAGACGGUUUACCUUCACUUCUAUCGUCAACCCCAUAGAAAUUCAAGCGAGUACGCAAUGCUGCUAAGCUACCUCCUACAGAGCAACAUUAUGUCUCAUCUCUCAACCAACUAUCGUCUCUCUAUCAACAGGCAAUGUCUCACUGAAGAAUACCACAAACUCAAGUCACGAAUCGCAUUCCAUAAUGAGGACCAAUUCACGAUCGAUCUCGCGGUUGAACUAGCACACACUUUGAGUAAUUCAUAACUAGUUUUAUUGCAUUAAUUUCCUUCAAGUUUUCGUACGUUUUCCGCCAUUCUCUUAAACAUUGAUGGCAAUAGACUAACAUGUU